CCGCCAUUGUCAUCCUUCAGCAUCAUCAGCAGCAGCAAGAGUGUGAAGCUUCUUCUCGGUUUAUCUGCGGGCGCCAUUGUUUAUUUUCUGCCCGCUAAACUAGGCACGAAAUCCACUGUUCCGGUUGGUGUUUCAACGUGAAAGUAGCGCUCAAACGGUGCGUAUCGAAGUGCUAAGUGACGGGGCGGUGAAGUACGAAGCGGACGACAUUCGUCGACGGGUAAAUUACGGAUUUUCAAGUCAAAAGUGUAGCCACCAACUUGGCCGUCGUCGAGCAGUGAAGGGGAUUUGAAAAUAGUGUUGCUGGACUGCUCUCACGGUGGAUGGUGCUCUUCUCGCUUAGUGGAUUACUUCGGGGAUCAAAGCGAGAGUAGCAAACUCCGCGAGUGUGAAAAAACGCAAAGUCUGGCUCGUUAGUACAUUCUGCAUCCAACUUGACGCGAAAUAGGAAGAAGAAAAAGUGUUCAGUGUCGGGAAAAAAAGUGCCAGAGGAAUCUUUUCAAUGAAAAAUCAAGUGAACGCCGUUUGCAAAGUGCAAAAAUUGCUAAUUGGUACCGCGUAGUCGCACUUUUUUUUCUACCACAAACUCUGCUCACAGCACAGUAAUAGUUGAGGAGCGAAAAAAAUUCACAUCACUUGUGUGGCAUGACAGCCAUCUCGGAAGCGGCUGCGGGAACCGAACUAGUCCCAGCAUCCACCAAGAAUAAUGCCAUCCUCCGGUGGAAGCGCGUAACGAAUCCGAGUGGACCGCAGCCCCGGCCCCGCCAUGGCCAUCGUGCCGUUAACAUCAAAGAGCUGAUGGUGGUCUUCGGCGGUGGCAAUGAAGGAAUCGUCGACGAGUUGCAUGUCUACAAUACAGCUACCAACCAGUGGUACGUGCCGGCAACCAAGGGCGAUGUGCCACCCGGAUGUGCCGCGUACGGAUUCGUUGUCGAUGGAACCCGCAUCCUGGUGUUCGGAGGCAUGGUCGAGUACGGCAAGUACUCGAACGAGCUGUACGAACUCCAGGCCACCAAAUGGGAGUGGAAAAAGCUGAAGCCGAAACCCCCAGAGUCCGGGUUGCCACCUUGCCGACGGUUAGGGCACAGCUUCACCCUGGUCGGAGACAAAAUCUAUCUGUUCGGUGGCCUCGCCAACGAAAGCGACGAUCCGAAAAACAAUAUCCCCAAGUAUUUGAACGAUUUGUACAUUUUGGAGAUCAAGAACAACCAACUGCAGUGGGAGAUACCGACGACCUUCGGGGAGAGUCCUCCGCCAAGAGAGUCGCACACGGCUGUUUCGUGGUACGACAAGCAACAGAAGAAGUACUGGCUGGUCAUCUACGGUGGCAUGUCCGGAUGUCGGCUGGGCGACCUGUGGCUGCUCGAUACGGAUACAAUGUCUUGGACCAGGCCGCGAACCAGUGGUCCGCUUCCGCUACCUCGAUCUCUGCACAGCUCAACUCUCAUCGGAAAUCGAAUGUACGUCUUUGGGGGAUGGGUCCCAUUGGUCAUGGAAGACGUCAAAGCCGAAAAGCACGAAAAAGAAUGGAAGUGCACCAAUACGCUCGCAUGCUUGAAUCUCGAAACAAUGAACUGGGAGGAGUUGGAUCUGGACACGGAGGAGGAUAACAUGCCCCGGGCCCGUGCCGGACACUGCGCCGUAGGAAUCCACACCCGGCUGUACAUCUGGUCCGGACGCGAUGGCUACAGGAAGGCCUGGAACAACCAGGUCAGGGUUUGUUGCAAAGAUCUCUGGUACUUGGAAGUGGAACGACCGACAGCCGCUUCACGAGUUCAGUUGGUUCGUGCGUCGACCCAUUCGCUGGAACUAUGCUGGCCCUCGGUACCUUCAGCAGCGUGCUACAUUCUGGAAGUUCAGAAAAUACCGCAACCACCACCAACGCCGCCGGCGGCACCAGCACCCACCCCGGUUCCGAGCAUCCUCCCGACGCCGGCUGCAGCUGCCGCGGCUUCUCCGGCCCAUACGUCGGCACUUAUUGCUGCAGCCCCAAUUGUUGGUAUUCCGCAACAGUCGCCGGUUGCAGUUGGCAUUGCAGCCGGAGCUGCUGCCGCCGCAGGAUCAAUGUCUCCAGCAGCAGCUCAACUUCCGGCAGGGCUCACCAGUGGGGAACCGCUGUUACAGCAACCAAUCAUCAAAACCCUUCCUGGACGAGCCGCGGCUUCACCAAUUGCCGUAUCACCAUCGCCAGUCGUCGUCCACCCGUCGGCAUCACCGCUGGCAGGCAGUGCCAGCCCCAACAUCCUCCAGGCUGCUGCGCAAGCCAUCAGCAGUCCGGUGCACAAUCCGCCUGGAUUGCAGUCGCCAACACCGGUUGCUGUGGCCACCAUACCAUCGUCGCCGGUGCACACCGUUACGUCGCCUCCUGUGCAGCGCAUUGUUACCAAGGUACAAGCGGCCAAGCCACUGCAACAGCAGCAGCAGCCUCAACAGAAGACGGUGCUCACGCCAAGUUCUCCGAUUCUCCAACAGCAACCCACGCAGAUUAUACAGACUCAAGUCCAGGGUCAACAGAUCGUUCAGCAACAACAAGUCACUCAAAUCACCCAGCAACAGCCGCAGACGAUUCGUGUGGUCAGUGGCACGGGUGCUAUUUCCAAUGCUCAACAAAUCACAACCGGGGCGGGAACCCCCAUUCGGGUGCUCUCGUCGACCGGGCAACAAGUGCGAAUCGCUACCCAACAGUCAAUGGGUAAUGUUAGUACUGCGACUGUUCAGCAAGUUGGUGGACAACAGACAGCCACGGUUCUACGGGGUCAGAAUAUUGUCACUGCAGGUGGGCAACUGCAACAGCAGCGUAUAGUCAGUGCACCUGCUGGAUCAACUACAACAACCGCUACAUUAGGCGGCAAGCAAAUUAUUCUGCAGAAGCCUUUGACCAUUGUAGGCGGAGCUGGUGGCGGUACUGCCACCGGUACGAUCAACAACGCUGGCGGUGUGACUGUCAAUCAACCCCAGAUUGUUACUCUCGUCAAAACCAGUCAGGGAAUGACGGUUCAAACCCUACCGAAAAUGAACGUACUACAAAAAGGAACGGUGGCUGGAACCAUUCAGCAACAGCAACAAAUUGUCACAUCUAACAUUAUUGGAAGUGGCGGUAUUCAGCAAGCAACUGUCGGUGGACAGAAGACGGCAGUUAUUGGAGGAAACGUUGUCAAAUUGAUGUCAUCCACCGGAACGAUAGGUGGCAAACAGAUUCUGAUGAAAAACCCGAACAUUGUUCAGGUUGGCAAAGUGGCCACAAACGUUGCAGGUAAACCAACUUUGGUUAUUACAAACAAGGCCGGGCAACAAAUCCGAACCGGCAAUCAGCAGGUUAUCGUGGUAACGACUCCGCAGGGUAUUCGUACCGUCAGUGGAACCGUUACCUCGUCAGCGAAUAAUUUCGUUUCGCUAUCAACUUCCCAGAUGAUCAAUACGAUUUCGACUUCACGUGCCACGACCAUCGGUGGUGCCACCGUGUUGCAAGCAGGUACAGCGGGAACUGCUGGCACAGCCAACAUCGGCGGGCAGGCGAUUAAACUUCGGGCUGUCCAAGGGGGAAAGCCAAUUACUUUUACGGUUCCGGUUGGAGGUCUGCAGGCGGCAGGUCAAAAAAUUAGUGGCACACAGAUCAUCAACAUGCAGCAGAAAUCUCUCACCAUUGGUGGCAAGGCCGUCACUGUUCAGCUGGCUCCCUCGGCCGGAGGUCAAAAAACGGUUACCAUCGUUCCGUCGUCGACGGCUGGCACUGCAGGAGGCAUUGGAACAACUAUGACCGGUGUUCAUGGUCAGCAGAAGAUCGUUAUGCUACCAUCGAAGGCCACCACUCGAAUAGUUACGCAGCAGCAGUAUCAACAGAUCCAACUGCAACAACAGCAAGCGCAACUUCAACAGCAACAACAGCAGCAACAGCAAGAACAGGUUUCGAGGGACGCCGCAUUUGCCGUUCUGGCUGCUGAAGCCGGCUUAAUUGAGAAUGAUGGCGACCAGAUUGAGCAGAUGGAUGGAUGCUACGAUCUGUUUCAAUCGGACGAUUCGGAUGAGGAAGAGGAGCUUGCGGGUGCUCGAAUCAUGGAAGUCGACUUAACGGAAGGUGUAUCCGAGAGUAAAAAGAUGAAACUAUGGCCAGGCGUUAUCGAACAGCUGGAUGGUUGCAACGACUUCCUAUCUUCCGAUGACGAUGAUGAAGAUGUUGUAAUGCAAGAACCAUUACCGAGGGCAUUGCCACGUUAUGUACGGUUAGGGCUUUUUGGAGGCGCAGCAGCGAUUGAAAGUCCGGAUGGAGAAUCGACGGAAGAACAAGACCCACUUGCUCAGAGUGAAUCGACAGCGGAGGGUAACACUGCAGCUGCUGAAGGUACUGAUGGUAACCACGAUGUAGGCGUUAUCGACCAGGAUCAACCGAUGGUGGGAAAUUCUGCUUCAUCGUCAGAGCUGCAGCAAUUAACCAGUGAUGGGGGAGUCACCUCCGCUGGGGGUUUCGAUGAUCAACCCCUUCUAGCUACUGGUGGUGCUUCGGGAGAAGAUGCCGGUGAAGUUGGUUCCAGUCAAACGGCAAGUGGUGAGUUAUCACAAUCGGUGGAAGGUGAUGGUGUCGAUGCCAGCGAAGCGACAGCCACCAGCGCGGAUGAAUCGGCUGACGUGUCAAUGCAGGAUGUUGCACUCUUGGCAGGUAGCGGGGUUACCGAAGCAGAGCAAAGUGGGCUUCCGGAGACGACGGAUAAUACGUCGUUUGGCGAUCAACCAGACAGCAGCGCAAUGUCGUCAACUCAUGAGCCGUCUAAAGACGCCCUUACGGGCGCCGUAGCUGGCAGUUCCGACGAAACAACACCCACAACGGCAAUUUUGAGUGCGGAUUCAAUCACGGCAUCCAGUCUGCCCGCAUCCGGUUCAACGAUCCAAUUGUUGAACGCCGAUGGAACGUCAACGACCGCCACCACGAUGGUCGUCAGUGUGAACAGUGCUCCCACGGCGUCGGAAACCGAAGCGGCCAACAUUCUCACCACCAUUAAAAGCGGGGAGUUGCUUUCGUUGCAGAAUGCUGACCUGCUCGCCGCUGCCGGUUCCGGUGGCGAUAAUAUUAUUCAACUCAACUCCGGGCUACUUCAGUCCAGUGGCACAAUCGACAGCUUCACGAGGUCGCUCUCCGGUGAAACGCAAACCAUAACGUUCAAAACAACCGGCAACGGUAGCGAAUUGACCCAAGUGGGCACCUUGGCCGAUGGCACCCAACUGGUAGCACAAAUCCCUAGCAGUCCGUUGGUCAAAACUGAAGACUCGGGAUUGUCGUCGGCGAACAUCAGCAACACCACCACCGGAGGGCAUUUGGAUGCGCUUGCAGAAGCUGCUGCCUCGGCUACUUCCGUACUAUCAGAUCUGAUGAGCACGACAUCGUCGUCAACGGUUUCCUCGUCGCCGUCAGGGGCUCUUACCAUAGCGGCAAGUCCGCAGCCCCAACAACCGACGACCACCACAAUAAAGUACUUCGAUGCGAACUCGAAACAGUUCAUGCUGACAUCGCCUCUGCUACAAUCACCGGUCAAUCCACCGGCAAAUAUUCUCAGCAGUAAUAGUAACGGAACGUUGAAUUCGGCCGUUCCGACGGUUGUGACAACGAUCCCCGGAACUACAACUACGUCAGCAGCAGUUGGCAAUAAGCUCAUUACGACUAUGAAAGCUGUGCGAGGUCCCAGUGCUAAAGCGAAAGAGGAAAAGGAAGACGCAAAGCCCAAAAUCAAGGACGAAUCGGAGAAAUGGUACACCGUGGGUAUCUUCAAGACUCUAUCGCACACUGUAUCCAACUUUGUCGAAUUCGACGAAUGGAAUUGUCUGUACGACGGUGAUACACUCACCGCGGACAACCUGCCAGAUUUGGUCAAGUACAAGAGGAUAAACCUGGAACCGGGUUGCGCGUAUCGAUUCCGCGUGGCAGCCAUCAAUAGCUGCGGUCGGGGCGAAUGGAGCGAUGUGGCACCAUUCAAGACCUGCCUGCCCGGAUUCCCGGGAGCUCCAUCGGCGAUCAAGAUUUCGAAAUCGCCCGAAGGUGCACAUCUUUCCUGGGAACCACCGCCAUCGACUACCGGCGACAUUCUAGAAUACUCCGUCUAUCUGGCGGUUAAACCUCAAAAUGCCAAGGACAAAACCAACCAAUCGGCACAGCUGGCUUUCGUGCGGGUCUACUGCGGGCCGAACAAUCAGUGCACGGUGCCAAACACAUCGCUGCAAUCGGCCCACGUGGAUUACACCUCGAAACCUGCCAUCAUUUUCCGAAUUGCGGCGCGCAACGACAAAGGCUACGGACCAGCCACGCAAGUCAGGUGGCUACAAGAUCCCCAAUCGGCCAAAGGAACUCCAGCCCCUGGUGCAACGGGUCAAGGAACCGGAUCUUCUCAAACGGCAGUCAAACGGCUCAGCGACAAAGCCCCCUCGACGAAUACGAAACGGGCGAAAACAAGUGUCAACUCGUCGAUGAUCGCGUCCUAAAGUUGCGAUUACAAAGUCAGUCGGCACACAAAUUGUAAAAUGUACAGAACAAACAGCGGUAAUAGUAUCGUCAUCGGAACCAUUCGGUGGUCAGAGCGAUGAAACAUAUUGUGUAAAAAGUAGCAUCAGCAGUGUAGAUUAGAUCAGAACCAGAUGCAGUGUUAGAGGAAACCUGAUAUAAAUCUUGGUAUUUAAGAGAAACUAGACAUUCAUUUUCGGUUGAACGGGAACAGAAUUUUUGGAAUGGGGUGCAAGUGCAUGAAUGUGAAAUGUGAUUUUUUUUCCCAAUUGGGAGAUCGGGAUUCGCUGUUUUCUUUGUAGGAUUGAGAUAUGCUCUUAUACAUGAAAGCUUAAGGGUAGAAACCUCUUAAGUUUGGCUUUUUGUCUCGUUAGUGCUUAGGAAAAUGGAAGAGGAGUGUGAAUUUUGCUAUUAACCAGUUUUAAGAAAAUCAAUAAUUUCUUUACGUAGUUAAUUAAAAAAAAAAAGAAAAUACAUCCAGCAGAAUUAAUAAACGAAAGAUAUUUAGCGCAAGAAAUAGCCGUGUGUUCUAGAAUAGAUGACGAAUCAGAGGAUAACUGAAUGAACAUAUUAGUUUUAGGAGAAACAUAUAUUAUAUCGCAUUCAUUAAAGAUAAGAAAGACCUCGUGCAAAGAAACAUAACGGUUGUUUUUUCGAUUUUAUUUUACAAUUGAAUAUUAAUUGCAAAGUCUCAUCUAUACUAUUAUUAUUAUUUUGUCCCUAAAAUCAAGAAAUAAAAUUUCUUUCCGUGACAUUUUUAAAUUUAACGACACAUCGUGAACCGAUUUCUUCGCUGAAAUAACGAGGUGCAAACUAGAAAUGACAAUUAUUCUGAAAUCGACAUUUUGAAUGCCUUAUUUCAAAUCACACCACCCUUACUUAUACAAACGCGUUACAUUUACUAGAAAUAACGAUUCCUUAACCACAUAACGCAUGGAGGGUUCAAGCCCUAACAAUAUUAUGCACAUACUAACGAUUGAUACCCUAUAAAUAGUUGUUGUGGAUUCCUAAGAAAAUGUAAGAAAACCCAUCCGAAUGAAAAGUUUUCCUAUAAUUUUUAAGCUCGGUUUGUGCGUGAAACUACUUUCGACGGUGCAGAUGAAUGCGUAGAGAUAUGGCUAGGUGUGGUCAUGUAGAAAGAAUCAGUAGGACGGUCUUCGUUUCUUUUGUUUUCGGAAGCUUAUUCAACAGACAGUAAAUAUGAUUUAUACAAAUACAUAUUAUCAAUGCAUCGUAGAAAAGAUAAAGUUAGUAACCUUAGCUGCAGGAGUUAAUGCGGAAAAUGAAAAGCGGGAUGCGAUUCUUUUUUCCUUUUUUUAUUUCUUGGGAAGCAGAACGAAAUAAUAAAACUGUAAGGUAUUUGUUAAAACAGUGAA